GUACUACUAAUGAACGAACUGAAUUGAUGUGAUGAUAUGGCUUACCGAACUUACAUCAAUAAACAUUGUACAAUUUUAUCAUGUCUGAAUUAGUGGAUUAUUCGGAUUCCGAUAAAUCAGAAUCCGAUAUUUUAUCAAGUGACCAUGAAACAUUACCAAAUCAAAUUACAUUGCAACAUUCAAAUUCGGUUGAUUUCGUAGAAGAAGAAGACUUUUUCAAUCUAAAGGAUACUGAUAACGAAAGUAAUGUUCAUUUUUGGACAUCAACAAUACAUGAUAAUGAUUUAAUACCAAAUGCAGUCCCAAUUAUUACAAAAGACAACAAUCAUGAUAAAGUUUCCUCAAUACAAAAAGAUAAAUAUUAUUAUUUACAAGACGAAAAUGUAUCACACCAGAUUGAUUCGUGCAAUUCAACACGUCCUAUUGAAACAUUGAACAAAAAUAGCAGCAAUUUUUACAUUUCUUAUAUUAUUGACCACAAAGCGUCCAAUAUUGUAGAUAUCAGUGACACUGCCAUCUAUCCUCGUCUUUCACUUCACUGGCCAUAUCUUGCAUUAUGUGGACCAUUAUGCAAACAAUCAAAUGAGUUGUCUGCUCAUAGUAAUGAUUCAUUAUCAUCCCAUAUUUUAAUAUGGCGACUUCCAUAUACUGAUGCUGAUGCUGAUGAUAUGAACAAACCUCCCUCAUUGAUUUGUGAUUAUCGAAUUCAUACAAAUCAUGAAUUGUCUUCAUCGUCAUCAUCAUCCUUUUGGUCACGUGAUUAUUAUUGUUGGGCAAAAUUUUCUUCGGCUACAGCUGAUUCACAAUGUUUGCAAUUGAUAGCAGCUACAUGUAAAGGAUUCAUUGAAAUUUGGGAUAUUAAUCAAGGUAAAAAGAUUCGAAAUUUCAAUGUAUCUACACAAACUGGCCAAUUAUUACGUUGUGCAGCAUUGCCAGUUGAGAAUGUUCCAUCUUCUUUAUUAUUAACUAGCGGUAUUAGUGGUAUCAUUAGUGUAUGGGAUUUACGUAUGUCCUCUUCGUCAUCAUCUAACCAUAUGCCUCAGUUGAAAUAUUCUCAUAAAGAAUUGAAAACUUCAACAGCUGAUUUACUUUGGCUUAAUGAAAAUCAAUUCAGUUCAUGUUCAGAUACGAUUGAUCGAAAUAAUUGUGAACACUAUGUAGCUGUAUGGGAUAUACGAUUUACCAAACCGAUAUCUCAUCAAUUAUAUCAAGAACGUUGGGGUUGUAAUAGACUAGCUUUAAAGCCAACAUUUCAUUCAAAUCAAAAUAUUCGUUUUGCUGUACAAACUCAAGGUGAUGCAAUUGUGGAAAUCUAUUCUAGAAAUUUGAAAAAUCCUGCAUCUUCAAAUCGAUUUAGUUAUCAUUUAGAGAAACGUUGGCGUUAUGAAGGUCAUCAGAUUCAAGCUCAUCCUCUUGGUUUAGCAUAUAAUCCUUCUGGUAAUUUACUGGCCAGUGGUUCAUGGUCAUCAUCGAGUCCGGUUAUAUGGUCUACCAUUCAUAGGACUGGUUCAUCUCAUCGGUUGAUGACUUCGAUGAAAAGGCUACCAGGAAUUCGAAGCUCACCAAAAUCUAUGAUAACUGAUGUUAUUUGGAUACCAAAUCAGUAUGUUUCUAAUAGACGUGACAGUAUAAUAGCUGCUCAGUCAAAUGGAACUAUAAUUGUAUAUAAUUCAUUAUGAGAGAAAUAUUUGUAGAUAGAAUUUGUAAAUACAUAUAUAUAUAUGCUCU